AUGAAAAGGAUUCAACAAAAGACAGAAAAAAAUCCACUAUCCGUUUUACGUGAAGCAAUACUUCAGGUAACUCCCAAGAUAGUAGUAAAAGCGAGACGCGUGAGCGGAUCGACUCAUCAAGUUCCCAUUGAAAUAAAAAAGCCACAAGGAAGAGCACUUGCCAUUCGUUGGUUAGCAGCGGCAUCCCGAAAACGUCUGGGUCGAAAUAUGGCUUUCAAAUUCAGUUCCGAAUUAGUGGAUGCUGUCAAGGGGCGUGGUGAUGCCAUACGCAAAAAGGAAGAGAUUCAGAAAAUGGCGGAAGCAAAUAGAACUCGUGCACCUUUUCGUUAA